UGGGCCUUAGGGGCUCUUGUAGAAAAAAAAUGCUAAUGAAACAACUUGUUGAAGUGCAGCAGGCUCUCAAGCAACAGCUUCAAUCUAAUUUAACUCACCACAAACGUAUGUUGGCUGAACAAAGUUCUCCUCCAUCAUCUUCUUCAAGUACAACUGAUAAGUUGGAUGCUUGUCCUCCUGAUCCGCAGCUUGUUCAAUGGCUUCAAUCUCUAAAAGUUGAAAAUGAAGUCAUCAGCAAGUUUGUUUACGAGCAGUUCACAUAUAGCGAUGUUAUAAACUGUGUAACUUACGACGACCUCUGUCGACUGGACAUCAGGGGUGGUCCUCGCUGUCGUAUAUGGCAAGCAGUCCAGAGCUGCCGAGAGGAAGAAAAUGGUUGAUGGCUACAAUGUCAACGCCACACUAAGAUCGAACUAGGUGCAUUGGCCGUUGUUUCUACCUUUCCCAUUGAAGUUUACAUUUUAUUGAAUACUGCUGAAUAGAAUCUUAGUAAAGGUUCAGGCUUGGA